UUGUGGGGGUGGAUGAACAGAGACAAAUUGAUACCAUAUUCAACUUGGAUGAAAUAAAUACAAAUAAAAAGAUUGAGCCAGUACUGGAUAAGACAGAAGUUUGUUAUUUUAAACGAAUAUGGUCAAAACUUACAAUCUCAUACUCAAUCAUGGGGACUUGCAGAGCUAGAGGUCGAUGUCAUCAAUGGCUUCCCUCCACAAAAAGAAGAUGAUAAACACAUCUUUGAAGUAGAAAUGGUCAGAAGUGUUCACACAUGAUGCCCCACUAAAAUCCGAAGGCGAACAGGGACUGGAAUUAAAAUAAUACGAAGUCUGUGAAUGAUACGCCUCAUUUUGGGUAGCUCUAGAGCUGUUUCCAUCGAGUGAUGUGAAAGGUUAUGCCAGUGCAUUCAUUCAUAUCUAGUCCUAUCCAUCGCUAUUUUAAGCCCACCAAGUUCUUGCCCCUUGCCCGGUAAAACAGAGCAGAACAGAGCAGAGGAGAAACUGGUGUGAAAAUGGACCAAGAAUCGAAGCCGUCAGUGCAGUCAGUAGAUGGAGAAAUGGUGGCAAAGAAAUCUUCCUCCUCCUCCAAUGGAGUCAUGUGGUUCAUUGAAUUGGUGAUCAGAGUUCUUGCACUUGGGGGGACCUUGGCAGCCGCCAUUGUUGUGGGCCGAGAUAAACAGACAGUUAAUGUAUUCGGCGUUGCCCUAAAGGCUAAAUAUACCUAUUCAGCAGCCUUCGUGUUCUUCGUGGUGGCCAACGCGAUAGCAUGUGUGUAUGUCUUCCUCUCACUGCCAUUUGCGCUGCUCAAACCCAAAUCUCACGUUGCCAUCAAAUUUGUGGUGUUCUUUCUGGAUUUGGUAAUGGUGGCACUGGUGAUGGCAGGAGCAUCUGCAGCAACAGCAAUUGCAUAUGUGGGUCACAAAGGCAAUUCCCAUACAAAAUGGUCAGCCAUUUGUAAUCCUUUUGACAGAUUUUGUGAUCACAUAGGAGGGGCUUUGGUUGCUUCCUUCAUUUCGUUCAUCCUCUUUAUGCUUCUUACCAUAAUAUCUGCAGUUUCUCUUUACAAACACAGCCAUUGAGAUUUUACUACUCUUCAUUUGCAUCCAAGUUAAAAAAAAGGCUUUUAAUUAAGGAAUUGGAUUCUUCAUCCGGUUGUACAUCUGUACUUAGGCUUUCAAUUUGUACUAUGAUAGAUGCUUUGCAUUUCUUUUCGCCCUGUUAUUGUAUGUCCACUGUUGUAUCCCCCUGCACAGAUUCAGAUAUUUGUAAGAUGGUAUGAUGGAUGGGAAAUGGAUUGAAUAAUAUUGAAAGUGCAGUACUUUGAUA